AUGAGUGAUGAAGAUAAUUCAAGUGUGCGUGCAACUUUUACAUGGUGCUCAGUUCCUUACAAACAAAAUGACGUAGUAUACUCGGAUUUUUUUACCAUUAAAAAUCAUGGCAAUGUACAGUUUCGUAUAAAAGCACAUCGGGCUAAAUACUUGAACAAUAAUUAUGUCUUACAUAUUCAAGUACAGCAAAUAAGCCAAUACAAAUAUGCUAAGGCAGAUGUAACGAUAACAAUUAAUAAUUUAUCAUUCACGUACAAAACUUCAUGUUGGUCAGAUUACACACGUGUUUUUUGUUUUUGUGAGUCUAAUUAUAAUAAUAAAUCAGACAUUAAAUGUGAUAUUACGUGGUACGGUUUCAUAAAGUCUGAAGAAGCGAAACGUCAUAUAUUGACGUUGGAUAGCCUAGUUUGGCUUACACCCAGAUAUUUGUUUUCUUCGAUCAGAAGUGACGUCACGUUACGUAUUGGUUAUAAAUUAUUGUAUGCGCACAAAGUGAUACUGUCGGAAUUCAGUCCUAUUAUUUGUGCAAUGGUUAAGACGGAUCCAAAAAACACAAGUGCGCGGUCACAAGAAGUUUGCAUACCCGAUGUCGAAUUUGCAAUAAUGACUGAUAUAUUGAGGUUUAUGUAUACUGGAAAAUUGACACACAAAAUAGACACCCAACGAGUUGCUAGAGUACUGGUUGCAGCUGACAAAUAUCAGAUUGAUAUGUUGAAAACAUAUUGCAGCGAUAAGUUGUGUCGCAAUUUAAAGAUCAAUAAUGUUAUAUCUAUUUUGGAUAUUACGUCUGAAUGCAAUACGUCGGAGUUUCACGAACGAGCCAUGAAGUUUUUGGUUGAUCAUAUUAAAUAUUUUGAUGUAUUAGUUGUAAUGGACAUUGCGAAAAAAACUAAAUCGUAUUAUAAAUACUUUGUUAAAGCGUUUGAAGAAAACAAAAAUUGA